AUGUAAGAAAAUGAGUUUGCAAUUUCAAUUUGCGUUCCUUCCUUCAAAAAAAAUGAUGAUGUUGUAUACUACUAGUUAGUAUUUACUGAGAAUAACUAAAGGUGUUCCUUUUCAGUCGAUUAUCGCUAUUCACAUUUAAAGAAAUUACAUGAAUCAUUAUAAACUCUUAAAGGCAGUUUGCCGAAGUUUCCUCCGACUAAUUGGUGGAGAUCCACCAACCAGAAUGAUGAGUUAGUAGAGGAGAGAAGAAUACAGUUAGAUUACUUCUUUAAAACUCUCCUCUUAUGCAAAGAAGUGUGCAAGAGUUUGAUUAUGAAAAACUUCAUUCUCAAAUCACAAUGUUUGCAUCUAAAAAAGAUCGAGAAGGAAUAACUCAUUCUGAUCAAAAAAGAGAGAGAAGCUGGAGCUGUUCCUAAUGUGAGUUAGAAAAAAGCCAAAUCUCAAUUAACGACUCCAGUUUGUGGUCCAGCUGAAGAUCCAAUUGAAGAUCCCAGAGAGAGAUCCCGCUCUUGGGAAUUCAAAUUAUCUAAGAAGAAAUCCCAAUCCAUGUGCAAUAAUAAUUAAUUGAAUAAUUUGUCCUUUGGUGGUAUUCCAAUAUUCAAAGGCAUAAUCCUGAGAUUGAAAUGAUAAAAAUAGAAUUUCAUACACAAUCAUUAAAAAUUCUUUAA